AUGGAAGCGAUGUCUCCUCAGCAGGAGACUCUGGGGGCGCAGCCGGGGCGCUCCUGUUCCCUGACAGGAGUGUCUCGGAUCGCGGGAGACACCGGCACCAAGAAGAAAAUGAAAGCAUUAGUAGAAAGGAGGAGGAGCGCUCCAUCUCUUCUCCUGGAUAAAGCCCUGCAAAAGCAGCCUGGUACCAGCAGGGAAAGUCCUUCUGCCAGCAUCGACACAUGUGCAUUUCUGUCAUCAUUUGUGUGCUCCAAUAGGACUCUGCUGAUUGAUGGCCGGGUAGAACUCAAAAGAGGCUUGCAGAGGCAGGAGCGGCAUCUUUUUCUAUUCAAUGAUCUGUUUGUUGUGGCCAAAAUCAAGUAUAACAAUAAUUUAAAAAUGAAAAAUAAAAUAAAAUUAACUGAUAUGUGGACAGCAAGCUGUGUGGACGAAGUGGGAGAAGGGAACACCAAUGCUCUGAAAUCCUUUGUCUUGGGCUGGCCCACUCUCAACUUUGUGGCCACUUUCAGUUCUCCAGAGCAAAAAGACAAAUGGCUUUCUCUCCUUCAGAGAUACAUCAAUCUAGAGAAAGAGAAGGACUACCCGAAGAGCAUUCCCCUCAAAAUCUUCGCCAAGGACAUUGGGAAUUGUGUCUAUUCUAAAACUAUAACAGUAAAGAAUUCAGAUACAGCGAAUGAAGUUAUCAGCAUGUUAUUUUCAAUGCUAGGGAUAACUGGCACUGAGAGAGAUUACCAGUUAUGGGUCAUUUCUGGCAAAGAAGCAGCACCAUACCCACUCAUUGGGCAUGAAUAUCCCUAUGGAAUUAAAAUGAGCCACCUUCGAGACACUGCUCUCUUGACACCGGGAUCAAAGGACUCUACCACCCCUUUCAACUUCCAAGAGCCCUUCCUCAUGGAGGAGCUGCCCCGGGAGAUGCAGUGCCAGUUCGUCCUGAAGCCCAGCCGCCUGGCUGCAGCCCAGCACCUGAGUGAUUCAGGUCAUAAGACAUUUAAAAGGAGAAGAUCUAUCAUAAACUGGGCCUUUUGGCGGGGUUCUACCACUCACCUGGACAACUUCCCCGUGUCACCACCAACAUCUCCUGCGGCAGGACAGCUUUUUGGAGUUUCUCUGCCAGAUAUCUGUGAGAAUGACAAUCUGCCCAGACCUAUCUUGGAUGUGCUUUUGUUUCUCAAUGAAAAAGGACCACUCACAAAAGGCGUCUUCAGGCAACCAGCCAAUAUGAAAUCCUGCAGAGAACUAAAAGAGAAACUGAAUUCUGGAGUCGAAGUCCAACUAGACUGUGAAACUGCUUUUGUGUUAGCAUGUGUCUUAAAGGAUUUUCUACGAAAUAUUCCAGGAAGUAUUUUUUCAUCAGAUCUCUAUGAUCACUGGGUCUGUGUAAUGGAUCAAGGAAAUGAUGAAGAGAAAAUAAAUACAAUUCAAAGGCUAUUAGACCAGCUUCCAAGAGCCAAUGUUGUUCUCCUGAGGUAUCUUUUUGGGGUAUUACACAACAUUGAGCAACAUUCCUCAUCCAAUCAGAUGAAUGCAUUUAAUUUAGCGGUGUGUAUUGCUCCAAGCGUUCUUUGGCCUCCUACUUCUUGUAGCCCAGAACUAGAAAAUGAAUUUACAAAAAAGAUUACCCUGCUUUUACAAUUUCUGAUUGAAAAUUGCUGUAGAAUAUUUGGAGAAGAAAUCACUUCCCUUUUUAGAGAGGUUUCAGGGAGAUGUGACACUAGAGGAAAUACCUCAGAUACUUCUCGCUUCCAACUGAGUGACUCCUCUUAUGACAGCUUAGAAAAUGAACUAAAUGAGGAUGUUGAUGGCCCAUGCAGUGACAUAGUAAAGAAACUUGGCCAGGGGAGCAGAAGCAUGGACUCUAUUUUAACCUUCAGCGACUACGACCUUGACCAACCUGAAGUGGAAGACCUGUUAACCCUGAAUGACUUUGACUCAGACCAUUCUAAAGAAGAUGAUGCUCAAAUAGAACAACCUCUUGAAUCCAAGCCAGCGUUUGCUAGAGUGUGCAGAAAUAUCCCCCUGCAGGAUCCUGCCAAGGCCCCAUCUGUCACACGCAGCCACCUGUCCACAGCCGCAGCAGAAGCUGCAAAACGUGUGAGGCGAAACCGGCACUGCUCAGAGCCCAGCAUCUACCACCUGGAUUCAAAGCUUUCCUCUCUCAGGGAGUUUUAUCAGAAAAAGCUACGCAAGUCCAGCUGCGAUGCAGUUCUCUGUCAAAAAGAUGGGGAUUAUCUAAAGCAGAAACAGCCCCUCCAGGAAGGAGGCAAGAUAUGUUGUAAACAGAGUUUACUCCCAAGCACUAAUACCAGCAAGAAAAAUUCCACUAAUCAAAACAUUAAGAAGAAAAGCUUGUCUGGUAGUGAAGGAAAUUGCAAGAAACUUUUGUGUAAGUCCAAGCCAUUGGCCAUUUCUGUGUCCUCCCAGGAUCAUUCCAGGCAUCAGCUGUUUGAUGCGGAUACAUCUGGAUACUCCCCACCACACACAGCAGAUGCCCUCAAGAGUUCAAGAAAACAACGGCGCUGCUCAGAGCCCAGCAUAGAUGACCAGAAAGGCAAACUGCCCCUUCUCUGGGGGAUUUCUUCUAACAAGCAGCAUAAAAGCAGCUGGGAAUCUGUUCUUUUGCAUGAAGAGGAGGAUUACCUCAAACGGCAUAAGUCUUUGCAAAUAGAGGGACAAAAGCUUAUUAAUCAGAGUUUGAUCCUGGGGAUUGAGGUGGGCAAGAGUAGUGCCACAAACCAAAACACUGAGAAGGUUUUACCCCCAAGAUUAUCCCUCUGCCCAAGGACUAGCUAUUCCAGCUUAUCGUCUCCAGGCACUUCCCCGUCAGGCACACCAGGGAGCUCCCAGGACAGCGCUUUCUCUCAGAUUUCGGAACACUCCGUGUUUACACCCACUGAAACUUCCUCUCCAACAGACUGCACUUUUCAGGCUCAAAGACAACAGGAAAAGUUUUCUCCCAGCUAUAGCGGUUCCAGCCUUGUUUCUGAAUUGCCCGGUCCCUCAACAGGACAGGACAGCAGCUGCCUGUCGUACACAGAAAAGGACACCAAAGAGCGGCAUUCACAAGCACAUUCUGUAACUCUCCAUCCCACCACGUGGUUGAGAAAUGGUGUGGCCAGUUUGAAAAACUGGUCUCUCAAAAAGAAAGCAAAGGCAGCAAGACCAGAGGAAAAGAAAAUAGGUUCCCUACAAGGACCCUUGGAGCCACCUCCUAAUGCUUCUGGUGUUGCAGAAGACAACUCACUGCAAGAGAAACAGAACGACAUUCCCCUAAGGGCAGCUGAGGGACUGUGGUGUAGUUCUUCUCCCUGCCAGGACUCAGACGGACCCUGUAGCUCUCGAUUCAGCCUGGUAGAAAGCAGACUCAAGCUGUAUAUGAAGUCACAUGAGGAGGUAGAUCAUGGUGGCCUGGGCUCUUCUGAUUCUCUGGCUUGUGAAGGAGCCUCAGCCAGCUCUUGGACUGUGGAGGCUGUGGCCAGCCCAGGUUCAGGGCCUGCAGUACUCUAUGAUGUUGGGGACAAACAUUUAACCAAAGACAUUUAACCAUAAUAAGAAACUGAUCUCCACAAGAACCAGAAAUGAGAUAAUAAUAACAUAAAGCCAAUAUUCAUAUGACCCUUUUGUAGGAGAUACCUGGGAGAGGGAGCAUAAGGAUAAU